AUGUUGUGUGAAGAACAGCAUGAAACCCCAUCGAAUCUGUACAGCAGUCGAGAUGUCCUCGAUGUGAAUGAAAAAUCAGGUGAAAAUCCAUUACCAACAUGUAUGGAAAAUACAGCAUCCGAAGGUCGUCAGGAAGAAGGUUCCUUCUUUCAAUCAGAGGAAAUUCAGAAAGAAAUUGAAGAACUCCGUCGGCGAGAUGAAGAAGAGUGUCGCCUUAAGCAACAAUUUGUUAGGAGUAGAAUCGACCAACACCUGAUCCAGAAUGGAGGAGAUCUUUCUCUUUUGCUUAGUCAACAUACUGUGCCUAACGAAGUGAAGUGCGUCCAGCUGACUCGCUUCGGUCAAACGAAAAAUAUACAAUCGGACAAAGUACCGCUACCCUUACCGAUGAAAGGCGAUGUCCUCAUUCGUUCUCACUCCUGUGGAGUUAAUUUCCACGACACUAUGACACGCAACGGAAUUCUGGACAACUGGGUUCGAUCCACGAAGCCUCCUUUCAUUAUGGGAAGUGAAGUCGCUGGUGAAAUCGUUGGAUUAGGAAAGAAUGUUACUGAUUUGAAGUUAGGAGAUCGUGUUAUGGCUCUACCGGAACGCAAAGCCUGGAGUGAAUAUGUUGUCUGCCGCGAGGAAUACUGCUUCAAAAUUCCUGAUCAGAUGAGCUAUCACGAAGCUGUAGCUUUGACCGUCGAUGGAAUCGUAUCCCAUUCUUUGCUUUUCCAAAUGGGUAAUCUAAGUCCCGGCAAAGCUGUUCUCCUACACUCGACUCCUGGGGGAUUGGGGACAUUGGUGACUCAAAUGGCGCGCACCGUGCCCAAUACUCGCAUCUUUAAAAUUACCGCGGAAAGGAUGAAUGGCAAACAUGUCGAGUCAUCAGAUCAUGCAGUUCACUACAUUGAGCGUGACACAGACUAUGUUUCUGAGAUCCGUAACAGCUACCCACACGGAGUUGAUUUAGUCUUAGAUGGUCUACACGAGUCUAAUUUCCAUCGGGAUUUUAAUCUUCUGAGUCCCAUGGGCAAAUAUGUUCUCUUCGGAAAUCGAACAACUAACGGUGGACUCUUCGACACCGCAAAAUCUGUAAUGGUUGGGGCAGGAAAAAGUAACGCCAUUGAAACUCUACGAGGAGAACAAGAGUGUCUGUGGCUUCAACCUGCGUAA